UGCACGGCGUCGGUGGCCUGGCCUCGCCGCGGCAUCUUCUCCCCUGCAUCGGUGAAAGCAGCGACCUUUGCGGGAUAUAUUCGUCUCUCCCCCGAUCGGACCACCCUCUCCUGAAGUCUCCUCGCCGACAGGCAACACAAGGGUGAAAGAAGUGGAGGUUUCUUCGCGGGAUCCGUGAACGGUUGAGAGAUGGCAGAGACGGUAUUCACUCCCUCGUUGGAAGGGAUGAAGCAUGUCAAGUCAGACACUGGAGUCAUGCUCACCAAGCCCUUCCUUGAUGUGUGCAAGCAAAUCUUGCCUGUCUUGGAUAAAUUUGGAGCUGCUAUGGUAAUUGUAAAGAGUGACAUUGGUGGUAAUAUCACGAGGCUGGAAAAUAAGUAUAAUUCAGACCCAUCAAAAUAUGAGCACUUAUACAGCAUGGCUCAGGAAGAAGUUCAAAACAAGACUGCAAAAGGUUCCUCAAGCUGCACAAAUGGACUUCUAUGGCUCACAAGGGCCAUGGAUUUCCUUGUUGAGCUAUUCCGUAACCUGCUUGAACAUCCAGAGUGGGCUAUGAGUCAAGCUUGCACUGAUUCCUACACCAAAACUCUGAAGAAAUUUCAUGGCUGGCUUGCCAGUUCUAGUUUUACGGUCGCUAUGAAGCUUGCUCCUAAUAGAGACAAAUUUAUGGAGGUCAUCAGCGGAACGGGUGACAUCAAAGCUGAUAUUGAGAAAUUUUGCACAACCUUUUCACCUUUUCUCAAAGAGAAUCAUGACUUUCUGGCCAGUGUUGGUCUUGAUGAUAUGAAGGCUUCAUAGAGCAAUUCUCGGGGGCAAUUACUACAAAAUAAACAUGUCUCAUGAAAUUCUAGUGUUGCUGAGGAUAUACUGUUUCAUGUAGUCAUGUUCCAGGGAAAAAAAAGAUACAGGAGAGUAAUAAAUGUGUCAGCAUGCAUAUGCAUGGCCUACACAAUGAAUCAAUGGUACUACUCUAUGGCGAAGUACUUUCCUUCCGAACUCGUUCCUUGUUACAGAAAAUUUACAUAUGAUGUAUGAAGCUCUUGUUCUCUUAUUCAAGAAAUUUACAUAGUUUGGGAUGAAAUUAUACAAGAA